AAUCUGUUCUACGCUUUUGCACAGAACACGAUUAAUCGAGAAGUAUUCUCAAUACUCAUUUAAGUUAUUCUAUAGAAUUGUACUGUAUACAUAAUAUGCUUAUUUACCGACUAAACAAGAAGUCAAAAUCUCACGAAUAUUUCCUACCGCAAUUAGUUUAAUAUAUUCUAUGAAAGUAUUAAUUACAAGUGAAGUACAAUGUUCAAGUAGCAAGCGUUCAUCAAUAUGUCGUUGCUGCAGGUCCUGUUUCUGCUCCAUUAAUCUCAGAUAGCCCGUUUUACGAGUUUAAAGACUACGAAGUGAACAUUGUUUUCAUAUACUGUGUUAAUAAAGAGUUCACAAAUAUAAUCAUUUUCAAAAUGUGUUAAGUCUGAACUAUAAUAAUGGAUUUGAUAUUUGCCUAAUUGCUUGCAACUAAAUAUGCCUUGGCCUAAUCUUGGCUAUUUGCAACAACAUCAUAUAGUUAAAUAAAAGAUGUCUCUUAAAAUAAAACUAAAAACACCUAGAGCAAUGCCAGCUGAAGCAGUUUUGACAAGAAGCAAAUUGGCACAAUUGAAACAAAACAAAACCCAAAAAAACGUAAAGUUGUGUCCUGAAAAUGAAUCAUUGAGACUUAAAAACGGAAAACGAAAUAUAACAGUGGAUAAAGUUCAAUGUAAAGAAUUUCAACCGGAUAAAGUGAAGAGAAAAAUUGAGCUUAAGAGGGUGAAGCUAAAUCCAAAUCAUAAUCAAAUAGUCAUAGCAGAUAUGACUAAAUGUAAUAAACGAAAACGGAAUGUCCCUAAGAGAGAUUUCCCACAAGCAAGUUUCAAAGCGAGUACCCCACCCAGGUACAUUGAAAAAUCUGUAUUUGAAUUAAUAACUCUCAUGGAUGGGACACAAGAAAUGUGUGAUGAUGAUUUGCUUGAAAUACUGACUUGUCCCAGCCCAGUUUGGUGGGAAGAUCCACCACCUGGAUAUUCUGAAGAUCCAAUAUCAGUAGAGUACAUAGUCAAGAAAGAAAAACUAAAUGUGGAAGAUGACAAGAAAGAAAAACUAAAUGUAGAAGAUGAUAAGAAAGAAAAACUAAAUGUGGAAGAUGACAAGAAAGAAAAACUAAAUGUAGAAGAUGAUAAGAAAGAAAAACUAAAGAUGGAAGAUGACCAGAAAGAUUUAAAAAAUGUCAUGAACAAUAUUAAGGAAAAUUUAAUCGAGGAACCCAAUACAAGUGUUCAUAAAAAUAUCAAAAACGAUGUGAAAUAUGUUAAUAAAUCUAAAAACUUAGAAGUUUUGUUAGGUAAUAUUAAAAAUAAAAAGCAUAAAAAUUUAAAUGUCUGUGACAAAAUAAGAAUUAAUGAAUUUAAUAUAAAUAAUAAUAAAUUAAAAGAAAAUAAUGAAGUUAGUGAAAAUGCAGAGACAAUGAAAACUGAUGUUGAUAACAAAUCAAAAAAUGAAAUUAAACCUAUUAUCAAUGAAUUAAAACCAUCAAAUUUGGAAGAUAGUGUAGAAAAUAUUAAAGAAAUAGAAAAUUUAUCUGAAAAUACCUUUACAGUUAGUGAUAGAAGUAGUCCUUUAUGUAUAGAACUUAAUUCAGAUGAAACAGACCAUGAAGACCCAAUGAAUGUCUCGCUUGAUGAUGGUUCAUUGUUCUUCUUGGAAAAUAUAGAAAUUCCCAUUGUAAAUGAGUUUUAAAUUACAUAAUAUGAAUUAUUAAAAUAUUAAGGUUAAACUAUCUGUUUUGAGAGAAAACCAAAUCAUCAGUGCUGAUGUUUCAGCGCCAGAGGAAAAACUAUUAAUUUCAUGUACUUAAAUACAUUUAUAUCAGUAUGAUAAUUGUUCAAGUUCCAACAGGAAUGUUCAAUUUAUUGAUGAGAACCAGUUAAUAGUGUUGUACUAAUAAACAUAUCUUUACAGAAGUAGUAUAAUAGAAUAAGUAAUAAAAUAUAUGUAAUAAUAAUAAAAAGCCUUUAUUCAUCCACAUAUUA